AUGCUCAUUCCUCGCGCGCCGCUCGCGAUAUCCCGCGUCAGUCUCGCGUCGCGCUCAACACUGCGUGCUACGCCCCGGCCCUCUCCGAUAACCGCUCAGGGCCGCAUCGCUUCCUACUCUUCGUUCGAAGGCCCCAAGGUCAAGAAGGUGGUGACCGAGGACACGACUCGCCGCAAUGGGAUGAUCGCUGCUGCCCUUAUCGCUGCUGCUGCUGGUCUGUGGUACUGGGAGACGAGCCGCAUGGGCGUCUACCCCUCCACUGCGCGCCGGGACGAGUUCACUGUGGUCGUGGGGCGGAAUGUCAACCGCCAGACUCUGACGUUCGAGCGCAAGACCAACACCGAGAUUGAGGAGAUGCUGCAUGAGAAUGAGGCCAGUGAGGUACCCGCUCGCCCUGGCAAUCCCGUUGCGCGGUGGGACACGAACUCUAUCGCUUCCAAUGAGCCGAGCGAGGACCGGAGGGCGGCGGACAUUGUCCCCCGAGGCAAGGAAGGGGAGACGGGACAGCGCGAUCUCGCCUUCUUCUCCGUCAUUGAUGGUCACGCCGGCUCUGCGACGUCCCAGCUUCUCUCCCGCACCCUGCACCCCGCGCUCUCACUAGGUCUCGCCGGCCUGCAGGCUGGCAUUGUGCCAGGCCGCUCGUGGUACGGCCAGAUCUACGACAUCCUUACCUGGGCCAAGACCUGGAGCCCGAUCAACAUUUCCAAGAGCCUCGAGGCUUCCUUUGUCAAGCUCGACGACCACAUCUCAGCUGCGCCGAUCCGCGCUCUUCCUGAUAUGCUCACCGACCAGUCCGACGAGGCUCGUGAGAAGUUUGCGGCACUCGCUGCGCCCGCGGCGGCUGGUGCAGUCGUUGGUACGGCACUUGUCGACGCUGAGAAUGACAGCGUCUAUGUCGCGGUGACGGGUGACUGCCGUGCCGUGGCCGGCUGGCAGGGACCUGACGGAUGGCGCUCCGACACGUUGAGCGAAGACCAGAUGGGCGACAACCCGAAGGAGGUGGCCAGGAUGCGCGCCGAGCACCCUCCAUAUGAGGGCGACACGGUGAUCCGCAACGGGCGUGUGCAGGGUGGUCUGCAGCCGACGCGCGCGUUCGGCGACGCAGUCUACAAGUGGACGACAGUGCAGGGCGAGGCAGUGAACGCGCUUAUCAAGGACGCGGGUGAGAAGCCUCGGAGUAUCCGCCCGUGGAACUUUACGCCGCCCUAUGUGACCGCACGGCCCGUGGUCGAGUACCGUCGGCUCAAGGGAGCAAACGGCGAGAAGCUGCGGUUUAUCGUGCUUGCGACUGAUGGCUUGUGGGACCGGAUCACGUCCGAGGAGGCGACGCUGCUCACUGCUGCGUACUUGGCUGAGAAGAAACGCGCGGACGUGAACAAGGCCAAGCUCGUGCAGGAGAUCCCUGUCAAGACGACCGAGCCGCGACCCUUCCCAGUCCAGGACCUGCCUGGAUCUGGGAAGCGCGACCAGGGCCAGUGGGUGUUCGAGGGCGACGCAAACGCGGCCACCCACCUCAUCCGCAACGCGCUGGGCGGUGGUGACCGAAAGCUCCGCGGCGAGCUCCUCUCCUUGAAUGGCAAGGUCGCGCGCUACUUCCGCGAUGACAUGACCGUAACCGUCAUCUUCUUCGAGGAUUAG